AUGGCAAGAUUCGCAUUUAAAGUCUACAAGUCCACUACGGAGUUGUUUGUGGCAAAAUGUGUUGUCAAUGGAUGUGCAUGGAAGUUGAGAGCAGUUGUGAAGAAUGAACCGGAUUGCUUCUGGGUUACCAAGUACGUAAAGGGUCACACUUGUUCAAUUAUGGACCGUGUAGCUCACCGUAGACGAGCUACUCCAAGAUAUAUUGGACAAUUGUUUGUGGAGCGGACUGGACUCAUAGAUGGAAUUGUCCCUCGACAAAUUGCAGAUUCGAUGAGGAUCAUGUUUGGCUUGAAUCUUACCUAUACAACGUCAUACCGGGCUCUCAAAUUCGCUCAAGUAUUUGUCAGGGGAACUCCAAAGUAUACAACUGCUCCAAAUGCAAGCAACCAGAACAUACUCGCCCGUACUGUGUGUCCAAGCCUGCUCAGAAAUAAGGUCGGAGGUCUACAAGGAGUUCCCGGAUGA